GUGUAGAACAAAGUAUGGAGUCCACAAACGAUGGUGACGAGCUCAAUCAACCCAUGUUACAGUCCCAAAAAUCGGCAGCUGAGCCGCCAAGCUCCGCCCUUGAAGAAGUCCUAUCAGACACAAGCUUGUCCAACUUCCGGCGGCUUCAACUGGCCACCACCAUCGAACUGGUUACCCUCUUCCGCCUUGCAAUUCCGUCAAUCGUUGUUUCCUUGCUCGGAAAUGUUAUCUCACUGUCCACACAGAUUUUCUGUGGCCAUAUCGGCAAUCUUGAACUCGCCGCCUCCUCUCUUGGCAACACCGGCAUCCAAGUCUUCUCCUAUGGUGUCAUGCUAGGAAUGGGAAGUGCAGUGGAGACUCUGUGUGGCCAAGCCUACGGAGCUCGGAAAAAUCAAAUGCUAGGAAUAUAUCUACAAAGAUCAGUGAUCGUCCUUAUGGCAGCUGGGGUCCCACUUACACUCGUCUACGUAUUCUCAAAGCCCCUCUUACUAUUACUCGGUGAAUCAACGGCGAUCUCGUCCGCAGCAGCAUUGUUCGUGUACGGUCUCAUCCCGCAGAUAUUCGCAUACGCCGCUUGUUUUCCUGCGCAGAAAUUCUUGCAAGCGCAGAGCAUUGUGGCCCCCAGUGCAUACAUAUCGACGGUCACGCUUUUCGUGCACCUUUUAUUAACGUGGCUCGCGGUGUACCGAUUGGGGUGGGGAUUGCUGGGUGCUUCGCUGGUGUUGAGCCUGUCAUGGUGGAUCGUGGUGGUGGCACAAUUUGUGUACAUCUUGGUGAGUGAUCGAUGUAAGGACACGUGGACUGGGUUUAGUGUGCUGGCGUUUUCUGGACUCUGGGAUUUCUUGAAAUUAUCCACUGCAUCGGCAGUGAUGCUGUGCCUGGAGACAUGGUACUUCGAGGUACUUGUGUUGAUUGCUGGAUUGCUUGACAAUGCUGAGGUGGUAUUGGACUCACUCUCCAUUUGUAUGACUAUACUUUUUUGGGCAUAUAUGGUUUCUGUGGGGUUUAAUGCAGCUGCAAGUGUGAGAGUGAGCAAUGAGCUUGGUGCCGGACAUUCCAAAUCGGCUGCAUUUGCCGUUGUGGUGGUGAAUGUUAGCUCCUUCAUCAUUUCAGUGAUCAUGGCCGUUGUUGUGCUCAUAUUCCGCGACGUCCUGAGUUAUGCCUUCACCGAUGGUCAAACUGUAGCUGAUGCAGUCUCAGAAUUAGCUCCCUUGUUGGCAAUCUCCAUCGUGCUUAAUGGUGUUCAACCUGUUCUAUCCGGGGUUGCUGUUGGGUGUGGAUGGCAAGCAUUUGUUGCUUAUAUAAACGUUGGAUGUUACUACAUUAUUGGAAUCCCAUUGGGUUCACUUCUCAGCUUUAAAUUCGACCUUGGGACUAAGGGGAUAUGGUCGGGGAUGAUGGGAGGCACUGCCAUACAGACAAUCAUCUUACUUUGGAUUACUUUUCGGACCGAUUGGGAAAAAGAGGUGGAGAAGGCAAGGAAUCGAUUGGAAAAAUGGGAAGACAAGGAGGAACCGUUGCUUAACAGCUGAAUUAGCAGCAUUUAUGGCUACUAGCAUGCAAACUUAUUGUCAUCUGAUUUUCUCUAAGCCAAUGGUUUUUCUGUUAGGUUUUUUUCUUUUAUUUUAUGAAAAAUUAUUUUUCGAUUCAAAAUCAGACAACUCAGAACGGCUGCGGGAGUAAUGGCCCCACAUUCCUCACUCACAUCACCCAUUCAAA